AUGGUGAGCUGUCACAGCACUGAACAGGGUACCAGAGGUGGAGAAAAUGCUGCAAUUGGAAAACUGGAAGCAUUUGAUUUCACCUUUAACUCAACUAAUAUGACUCAUUUUGCCUAUGGAAUUGCUGCAAAUGUAGUUGCUGUGUUGUUGUAUGGCAGCAAUUUUGUUCCUGUCAAGAGGAUAGAAACAGGAGACGGGAUGUUUUUUCAGUGGGUAAACUGUGCAUCCAUAUGGGUCGUAUCUAUGGUUGGAGACUUGUUGCUGCAGUCGCCCAAAUUCCACCCGAUUGCGAUGCUUGGUGGUGUGAUCUGGGCAACAGGAAAUUUAACAGUUGUUCCAGUUAUCAAAGCGAUUGGCCUCGGCCUUGGGAUUUUAAUUUGGGGAUCCUCUAGCUUGUUGAUGGGCUGGGCCACUUCAAGAUUCGGCUGGUUUGGGAUUGCUGCUCAGGAUGUUUCCAGGCCAAUAUUAAAUUACUGUGGAGCUGGGUUAUGUCUGUUGAGCGGGCUGAUCUUUUUCUUUGUGAAAACGGACGUGGAGCUGCAUCCAAAUUCAGAAUCCAUUCCAUUACUUAUUGACAGGAGAACAAAUUCAGGGAGUUAUGGACCAAGUUCUUCUGAGUUCUGGAUAGACGUCAUCGGACCAAAGACCAGGCGGUUCAUAGGCUGCCUGCUUGCUGUCAUGUCGGGCCUGCUGUACGGUUCCUCCUUUGCACCCAUCCUCUACAUUAAGAGCCAUUCAUCAUGUCGUGACAGCAUAUUCCAUGGAGCCAGUGUCUAUGACCUGGACUAUGUUUAUGCGCAGUGCUCUGGCAUUUUUGUUGCGAGCACCGUGUAUUUUGCCAUCUACUGUGCUGCUAUGAAUAACAGGCCCAGGGUUUACUCCAGAGCCAUCCUACCAGGUCUUUUGUCUGGACUAAUGUGGGCAUUAGCUACAUACUGCUGGUUCCUGGCUAACAACUACCUGAGUGCAGUCAUUACCUAUCCUAUUGUCACCGCAGGAUACGGUCUGGUUGCAGCACUGUGGGGAUCCUUGGUGUUUAGAGAGAUUAAAGGGUUAACCAACUGCUUUAUCUUCUUCUUGGCCUCCUGUGUCGUCCUGACUGGCUCCUUGCUGACUGCCAUCUCAAAGCUCUAAUAAUGUACAAGUCUGUUGACUGAAAAUAUCUAUUGAUUGUCGUUUUCCUCCAGCUCUCCAAAUGACUUAAAAUAAUGUCCUCGGUUUUAUAAAACUCUUUGAUGCCAUGAGAUUAAAUCCAAAUACAUGACAGAUGAGCUCAGUGUAAGUCUUUCUUAGAGCUCCAAAAUGUCGUUUUGAGCCAACAGGGUUUAUUAUACUCUGAGCUAACAUUGGGUGGCAGUGUCUCACAGGAACCCCUCACCGUGCUGUCUGGUUGGUUGUUGUACUAGUUAUUGAAAACAUGCUUUGUCACCUGUGCUUUGUUCAGGUUUUAGCACCAAAAUGCCCAUACAACAUGUUUAAAUGUCUUACUGAGAUACCGAACAUUUCUAUUUAUACUGUACAGAUGUGGUGAUUGUGUGUCAACACUUAACAUUUAUUUGUAUUUUUGCAAGAUUAAGCGAAUAAAAAUAUUUGAUAAUAUUGUC